AUGGGUGGCAUAUACAGUCCUUUGCCGCCAGGAAACUUCAUCAGACUUUUGAAAGUUCGAAGGGAGCGCGAUGAGCUCAUCUGCAACUUCAAGGUUGUCUGUCUCAGCGACUGCGACGAAGAAUACAUCGCACUGUCAUAUGCUUGGGAAGACCCCGCCCCAGUUCGCAUACUGCAAUUUGACGGUGGCAAGUCACUUUCACUCAACCAGACAUUGAGCGAUUUGAUCGACACACUCGCCUUGCCUCGUCGGCCGUUCACCUUGUGGGUAGACGCGCUGUGCAUAAACCAGCAUGACAUAUCAGAGCGGGAGUCCCAGGUGCAACUGAUGAACGAAGUGUACUCAACGGCAACAAAAGUCUUGCUAUGGCUCGGUGCCAGCAACGCUGAAUCUCAAGCCGCUUUCCGGUUCAUGACCUUCAUGGAGGACCACUCUUGGCCGGAUGGCUGGGAACAACAAAGUCAUGAAACACUCUCCCAAGUACAGACAGUUUUUCACUUAUUGGCACGCCCCUGGUUCCGACGGACUUGGGUGAUUCAGGAGGUCGUUCUUGGUGACGACGUUGUGGUAAUGUGCGGCAACGAUGCGGUCCACUUCUUCACUUUUGAAAGGUGCGUUUGGGGCAUCUGGAAGUAUUUCGAAGCUCUGGGAGACUAUGCCGACGACCAUUUAGCCGUACGAGGGUUGUGGAAUGUGACUCGACUCCUAGAUAUUCGGGAGGAGUUCUGGGAGCAUGGCGAGAUACGGUUCGAAAGACUGGUCGAGACGGCCUAUCACUGCGAAGCCUCAGACCCACGAGAUAUGGUGUUUGGCUUUUUGGGGAUCGCCGACAAUACCAGGCCUGUGCCUGAACCAACUUACACGGCCCCGUUCGAAGACGUGUAUCGGUGGACAGCAGAGGCCCUUUUGUGUCACGGGAAAUCCCUCGAUCUUUUAGCACUCAGCGGUGUUGCCCGCCGUAUACUCCCAUCUGACUUGCCGACUUGGGUUCCGGAUCUUCGGAAUCGAGGACUAGAAGAACCCUUGGUCCCUUGCGACAGAGCCUCCUGGGACGCCGGAGGCCCUGUGGAAGUUAUGCCAACCAAGGAAGGAGCAGGAUGCCUCCGUCUCCGUGUCAAGCUCAUCGACGUUGUGGUCAGAACUUGCCCACCGUUUACGUCAAAUUCGGUGGUGAAGCAACAAGCGGCAAUGCGAGAUAUCCUGGCGCUGAGGCAUGUGCUGCCGAAGGUGAUUUCAGAGAACGAGUGGAACGGCGUCUUGGCAACGAGCCUGAUCAUGGGUCUGGAUAUCGAUGAUCAACCUGCAGGGCCGGAGUAUCGCGAGUACUUUGGCGAGUGGCUUCAAUGGCUGCUUUCGAGCAGGUCAGACGCGGAUUUGCAGAAUAUCAAAGGCAAUCGAUUCCAGCGCACCAUCGGACCACGGAUCGACGAUUGGAAAGCCUGUCUGACGCGGGAAGGGUAUCUUUGCAUGGUCCCACAGGCCGUAGAACCUGGAGAAGUGCUUUGCGUCGUCCCCGGAUGUCGUCUCCCGAUUCUUUUACGAUCUGUACGACCUGCGCAUGGAGGAAGCGGAGACCCGAGAGCCCCGGAGGAGAAGGAGCUUAACGAGUACAUCCUCGUCAGCUGGUGUUUUGCUCAGGGCCUCAUGUACGGCGAAUCACCGGCUCAGAGAAAGCCAGCAACCGAGAUUUUUUUACGUUGA